GGCGGAGCGCGGCUAGGAAUCAUUGUCUGAGAGGAUUCAAACCACACCUUAAAAGGAUGCCUGCUGCCUGUGAGUCAGUACUUGAAGAUAUUGAGGAUAUUGUGUCUGCACAAGACUUGAAGCCACAUGAGCGACGCUCUGUGAGAAGGAAUGUUUUUCCAAAAGUGCGAAAACGCAGCUCACACAAAGAUAUUCAGGCAGAUGAUGAUCCCCCAAGUGACAGCAUUAUUCCUGGGGCUCAGAAAAUCUGGAUUCGCACGUGGGGAUGUUCUCACAAUAAUUCAGAUGGUGAAUAUAUGGCUGGACAGCUAGCUGCCUAUGGAUACAAAAUUACAGAGAACUCUGCUGAAGCGGAUUUAUGGCUGCUGAAUAGUUGUACAGUAAAAAACCCAGCUGAAGACCACUUCAGAAACUCCAUUAAGAAAGCCCAAGAAGGGAACAAGAAGGUGGUUCUGGCAGGCUGUGUUCCACAAGCUCAACCUCGGCAGGACUAUCUGAAAGGCCUUAGUAUUAUAGGGGUUCAGCAAAUAGAUCGUGUAGUAGAAGUUGUGGAGGAAACUAUUAAAGGUCAUUCUGUGAGAUUACUGGGUCAGAAAAAGGAUAAUGGAAAACGUUUGGGAGGAGCACGACUGGACCUGCCAAAAAUUAGGAAGAAUCCACUUAUAGAAAUCAUUUCCAUCAAUACAGGAUGUCUCAAUGCCUGUACCUACUGCAAAACCAAGCACGCCAGAGGAGAUCUAGCAAGUUAUCCCAUUGAAGAACUAGUGGAUAGAGCCAAACAGUCUUUUCAAGAGGGUGUUUGCGAGAUAUGGCUGACCAGUGAAGACACGGGGGCUUAUGGCAGAGACAUUGGCACAGACCUCCCCACGCUCCUGUGGAAGCUGGUUGAAGCUGUCCCUGAGGGAGCUAUGCUGAGGCUUGGCAUGACAAACCCUCCCUAUAUUUUAGAGCAUCUGGAGGAAAUGGCAAAGAUUCUCAAUCAUCCCAGAGUGUAUGCUUUUCUGCACAUACCAGUCCAGUCUGCGUCUGACAGCGUACUCAUGGACAUGAAAAGAGAAUACUGCGUGGCAGACUUCAAACAAGUAGUGGAUUUCCUUAAAGAAAAAGUGCCAGGAAUAACCAUUGCUACAGACAUCAUCUGUGGUUUUCCAGGGGAGACGGAUGAAGAUUUUCAAGAAACCAUGAAACUCGUAGAGCAGUACAGGUUUCCCAGCUUAUUCAUUAAUCAAUUUUACCCACGCCCAGGAACCCCUGCUGCAAAAAUGCAUCAAGUUCCAGCUGCAGUGAAAAAACGAAGAACAAAGGACCUGUCCCAGCUGUUUCAUUCAUACAAUCCAUAUGAUCACAAGGUUGGUGAGAGGCAGAGGGUGCUGGUAACAGAAGAAUCCUUCGAUUCCAAUUACUAUGUCGCUCACAACCGUUUCUAUGAGCAGGUUCUCGUGCCAAAGGAUCCUCUGUUAAUGGGUAAGAUGGUAGAAGUGAAUAUUUAUGAAGCUGGAAAACAUUUUAUGAAGGGGCAGCCAGAGUCAGAUGCCAGAGUUUACACUGCAUCCAUCACCAGACCAUUAGCAAAAGGAGAAGUUUCUGGUUUAACAGAGGAGUUCAGACUUGCCCCGCAGAACGGCUCACACUGGAAAGGACGCCCUUCUGCCGAGAGCCCCGGGGAAACACCCUGCACCUCCAGGAUGGCUUUGCAGCUCCUGUGGCCACAAGAAGGCCUGAAGAUCCUGGCUAUCAGCCUGGCUUUUCUGGCUGUUCUUGUUACGUUUUACUAUGGGCGGAUGUAAACAGGACUGUGAACUAGAAGAAGUUCUUUGUGAAAAUAGUUUUAACUGUUUAACGUCUUCAGAGGAAGCACUUUUACCACCAACUCUCGUUUUUUAUAUAUAAAAAGAAAAAGAAUAUAUAAACUUGGCAAUAAUUUGUAUUCAUCCUAUGCCUUUCCGGUCAUUCAUAGCUUUAGGGAUACCUCUUUGCCAAUAUUUGAAAACCU